CACCCGAAACUGAACUUUCCCUCUAGCCGCGCUGUGGGAGCAGAAGGGGAACCAGCACCGCUUCUCCUUUUGGUUUCUUUUUAAUUGCUGGAAGCGUCGGGGUGCAGCCAGGCAGAGCUGAACCAAAACGCGCUGGUAGCCCCACGGACCCGGAAUUUGCUGUUCAGUUACCUGUCCUUCUCCUUGUCUGGGCGAUCUGCCCAGAAAAUAAACGCUAAAACUCGUGCGGGGGAAGCAGAACUUCAUGUAGAAAGUGUUGAACGGCAAAAUGGUCCAUGCUGAAGCAUUUUCACGUCCCCUGAGCCGGAAUGAAGUGGUCGGAUUAAUUUUUCGUUUAACCAUAUUUGGUGCUGUAACAUAUUUUACCAUUAAAUGGAUGGUUGAUGCCAUUGAUCCGACCAGAAAGCAAAAAGUAGAAGCUCAGAAACAGGCUGAAAAACUAAUGAAGCAAAUUGGAGUGAAAAAUGUCAAGCUUACUGAAUACGAAAUGAGUAUUGCUGCACAUCUUGUAGACCCACUUAGCAUGCAUGUAACCUGGAGUGAUAUUGCAGGCUUAGAUGAUGUUAUUACAGAUUUGAAAGAUACUGUCAUUUUGCCCAUCAAGAAGAAAUACUUGUUUGAGAAUUCCAGGCUCUUACAGCCACCAAAAGGAGUACUUCUCUAUGGUCCUCCUGGUUGUGGCAAAACGCUGAUCGCCAAAGCUACAGCAAAGGAAGCAGGUUGUCGAUUUAUCAAUCUCCAGCCUUCAACACUGACGGACAAAUGGUAUGGAGAGUCUCAAAAACUGGCUGCUGCUGUCUUCUCCCUUGCUAUAAAGCUCCAACCGUCCAUCAUUUUUAUUGAUGAAAUAGAUUCCUUCUUACGAAGUCGAUCGAGUUCUGACCAUGAAGCUACAGCUAUGAUGAAAGCUCAGUUCAUGAGUCUGUGGGAUGGACUGGACACUGAUUAUAACUGCCAAGUAAUAGUGAUGGGAGCCACCAACCGUCCUCAGGAUCUUGACUCUGCAAUCAUGAGAAGAAUGCCGACCCGGUUUCACAUCAACCAACCUGCUCUGAAACAACGAGAAGCAAUCCUGAAGCUAAUUUUGAAAAAUGAAAAUGUGGACAGGCAUGUAGAUCUCCUAGAAGUUGCUAAAGAGACCAAUGGCUUCUCGGGCAGUGAUCUGAAAGAAAUGUGCCGGGAUGCAGCACUCCUCUGUGUCAGGGAAUAUGUUAAUUCUGCCUGUGAAGAGGAGACCCAUGACGAAGAUGAAAUUCGGCCUGUGCAGCAACAGGAUCUCCACAGGGCGAUUGAGAAGAUGAGAAAAUCAAAGGAUGCCACACUGCAGAAUGUUUUGAUGCAUGUUAGUUUAGAUUAAGACAAAAGAGUGUGUUUGCAGUUUCUGAUGUGAUUUAGUUUGACUUCUGUAAUCAGUUAGCAAAAACAAUGUCAGGGGGUGGGAGCGGGGAUGUUCCUCGAAUAAGGGAGUUCUGUUUCUGGAAUUGUUUUUAUACAACAAAUUCUAAGUUAUUGAAAUUCCGUCAUGCGCAACUAGAAGUGUAACAAUAGAUCAUGAAGUGGAACAAUUAUAGCCCAGACCAAGAGCAACUGCCUGUGUUUUGUCCCAUACUCGAUACACUGUGUAGCCUUAAAGCAGGUUCUGACAUGGUGCGUGGGUUCAGCGGGUCACCGGUGUGGAGGGAAGACGAUCCAUUACCAGUUUGUGUAUAUACGUACGAGCGUGUGUGUAUGUAUUAAAUGUAUAUAUCCACACCAUUUUUUUUAUAUAUAGACAUAAUCUGUAGAUAACUUGAGUAUGGAAAAUCUUUUCUACUUACUGAAUCAAACCAAAUCAGAAGAUGUAUAGAUUAAAGAUUCGUCGAUACUCAAUUCACACUUACUUCUUCCUUUUAGCAGCAAAUACGAAGAUAGAAAUUCUGCUUCUAGAAUAACUUUCAGGCAAAAUUUGAAACGUUACUGACUUUUCUUUCACAUGACCACUUGAAAUCUGGUGCCAUUUAGUAAAGAUAGUAAACUGCUGUAAAAAUGUUUGAAUACUUUUCAUUUUGUAUGGAUUCUGCUUUUUGAGGCUUUUUAAACAAAUGCUGGUUUUAUUUUUAUUUUUCCCUUGAUGUGAGUAAUUAGAGCAGAAUCUUAACUGGUCUUUCAUAAAGCCCCACAUAUUAUAAGCUCUCUGAAAUUGUGGCUUUCUGAUCUAUUAUGCAUUGUAACGAGGGCUUGCUGCUAUUUAACCUCCUCUGAAGACCCACUUCUGCACCGUGGCAUUGUACCAUGAAGUGUCUUGCGCAUAGCUCUGAGGCGUGGGGUGAGGGGGGUCAUUUUGUGAUGUUUUGCUCUGUCACGUGCUCUGAUCUGCGAAAUUGAAGAGAAGAGAAUGGGGUUUCGGUUUAUAAAUGUGACUUGGUAAUGUUCUGCUGUACUUGCUGGUAACAGUUUUAGUAAAUUCAUGUUACGUGGUGAUAAAGGCAAAGGGUUAAAAAAUGUAAGUGGCAACAGUGUUUUGGUAAAGUUAUUGUCAGUAGGUUUUCAAGAACUUGAUUUUUCUUCUUACAAUAUUACAAAUUGUGCACUAAUUAAACACAAAUACAUAAUCGGAAUUGUUCAAACCCCUGGGGUGGUAUGCUGUGUCACAGCUCUGCUAGCUAUCGAGGGAAGGUAAGCACUGAAAACGAGAUAACGAUGUAAAAUGAAAUGCACUGCAAAGUGAACCAAAGACUGCUGGAGGUGGCCAUCGGAGAGUAUCAGGUGCUGGUGCCAGUUUCUGUGAAGUGCAGCUUUCUCAUUGCUGUCCCUUUGUCUGGCAUGCUGGUUGUGUAAUGCAGCAGCUGGGUUUGACCUGAUUUAAUCUCCUUGGGUACCAAACAUGGGGAGGUUUUUUUAAUAAUUUAAUAAUUGCCUUGCUUUUUUAUAUGGGGGUAAAAGGUCUAUGGUAAAUGCACGUUGCUCUCGCACGAGGAUGUAGGACAUUAGGCAUGCCAGAAAUACUGGGCUGUGGAAAUCUAAAAAGUCUAGGGUGUGUGGAAUGCUAAUCCCACUAGUCACAUUAGGAAGUGAUGUAAGCCAGCGCUAGCUCUCGAAGAGCCCGAGUUCAAGCACUAGCCUUAAAAUUAAACAUGCAAAUCGUGCUACUUUUAGUGGAAGCUGGUUUCUCAGGAGGUUUGAAUUAUGUGUGUGCCUGAUGCGGGUCUCCAGCUAUUCAGUUUGUUUUCAGUGCCUGCUCUGACUCCGACGUUCUCCCAGCCCCUCGCGGUAGCUGUUACACCUGAGAAAGGCCAGGC